GUCCCGGUGGUAAGAGUCACUCAGUGGAGAUCGAGCAGCCGCGACGAUCACACAGAUCUAUUGAUCACGUAGGAUCGCGCACGACUUUCCAACGAGGCGUUACGCCCGAAUCGCGGUAACUCGACGACGACGUUAGUUCGCGCCUAGCUGGUAAACGAUUUUCCACGACCAUGGCCGGACUAGUCUUGCUCACCUUGGCGAUCCUGAUCUGCGGCGAGGCGAUCUUCGCGAACCCCAUCGAGAUCACCCUGACGCGACGACACUUGCGAAAGCCCCCUCGAGAGAACACGUACUGGCAGCUACGACGGCAACUGCUGAUGGAUGAAAAGCGACAGUCCCUGGGUGGCGAACUGGAACUCAAUCCUAUCGAGGCCAGGGCCAAUCAGGUCCUGAUGGCGGCCAAAAGUCGAGAAAUCCACGACGGUUUCAUCACCGGCAAUACUUUUCUGCCGUCGCACAACUUCAUGGAAGUGAUACCGCAGAUCGAGAAGUCCGAGGUGUUCAAGAUCCUGCGCGACAUGCCGAAGGGGGCGGUUCUCCACGCUCACGAGUCCGCCAUCGCCUCCCUCGAUUACAGGCUCCACAACCUGACCUAUCGCGAGCAUCUGUACGUCUGCGACGUGAACAACACUCUGCGACUCAAGUUCUUCAACCAGACCGACAACGACUGCGACUGGCAGCUGUUGAGCGAGAUACGGAAAGACCCGGCCCAGGCCGAGGCGAUCAACGAGAGGAUCAGGCGGGCGUUGACCAUGAUCACGAAGGACCCGAGGAACGUCUACAACACUGUCAAUAAGGCAUGGGAGAAAUUCAACAGCAUCUUCGCCUUCAUGAGGCAUCUCGUGUCGUAUCGGCCCAAUUACGAGGAACUCUUUUAUCGCAACCUCCAGGAGCUCUACGAGGACAAUGUCAUGUAUGCCGAGAUACGGGCGACGCUGUCGUCGAUGUACGAUCUCAAUGGCAACACGUAUGGACCGAUGGAAAUGGUACAGAUGCUCAAGAACGUCACUGAUAGGUUUGUGAAGGACCAUCCCGAUUUUAUCGGCGCUAAGAUCAUAUACGCGCCGACGCGUUUGGUCAACCAAAGCAGAAUGGACUACUACCUCAAAACUUUGGCACAACUAAGGCAACUCUAUCCGGAUUUUGUGGCCGGUUUCGAUUUGGUUGGCCAGGAGGACAAGGGAAAACCUCUAACCGAAUUUGCCGACAAAUUGAAGUUUGUCGAUCCGAAUAUUCGAUUCUUUUUCCACGCCGGGGAGACCAACUGGAACGGAGGGAUCACCGACUUGAAUCUGUUCGAUGCGUUUUUGCUCAACACCAGACGCAUCGGCCACGGAUACGCAUUGACGAAGCAUCCGCUUCUAUGGAAGUUCGCGCAGCAGCGGAACAUCGCGGUGGAGGUUUGUCCCAUCUCGAACCAGGUACUCGGCCUUGUGGAAGACAUGCGGAAUCAUCCCGCCGCGAGUUUGUUCGCGUCGGGAUCGCCCGUGGUAGUCUCCAACGACGAUCCGGGACUCUGGGGCGCCCAGGGAUUGACUUACGACUUUUACGAGGCUUUCAUGGGUAUCAUGAGCGCCAACGCGGAUCUCAGAAGUCUGAAGAAACUGGCGAUGAAUUCGUUGAUUUACAGCAGCAUGAACAGACAAGAGAAGAAAAAUGCGUUAGAUCGAUGGCAGGUGAAAUGGGAUGCCUUUGUAGCCAAACAGGCCCGAUCAGCCUAAUGACGGAUACCAAUUACAGAAUCAAAAAGUGCCUCAUCUUCUCGAUUGACUUUGUUGAUAUGCGCGAAAAUAAAAAGAUAUUGCCGACGGAACGAUAAAACGGUAUCAUGUUAUUCGAGAAUACAUUCUCCGAAUAUUUAUAGAUACUUUUAUCUGUUUUAAGAUUUUACAUUCUUCCAUCUUUUUCGGUGCGCCGUCAAAACUGCGUAUCUACUUUACGAAAGGCUACACUUUAUCUUAUAAAAUUCUUAUUAGAAUUUUAUAUACUAAUCGUUACUACCUCAUCAUGUACUUUAUGACUGCAUGGAAAUAUUCGUAAUAUGCAUUCGAUGGAUUACGCUUAUUGUGAAGAAACCUAUUCUCUUGUAAUGAUACAUUUUUGGAAAAAAAUACUGCGCCGUAUCUUACGUUUUGAACAACAAAAUAUAAACGCUACACAGUAAAA